GACGAUGAGCAGCUGCGCGGCCGUAUCUACAGACACCCGCAGCCCAAGCAGGUCGUCAUCUACCGCCUGCUCGCCGACAACACCCCUGACAUGUUCCUCAACCGCAUCUCGGAUGCGAAGUCCCAGAUCCACAAGGCGUUCAUUGGGUCGGCUGCUGAAUUCCAGGAGAUCUUCCAGCCGCGAGAAGACCAUGAGGCAGACCAGGAGGCUCUCGAGGACGGGGACGAGGACGAGGAAGCGGUGGAACCUGGCCCGAGGCGGAAGAAGGCGACAGGCCAGGCGAAGGCGACGGCGAAGACGACGGCGAAGACGACGGCGAAGACGACGGCGAAGACGACGGCGAAGACGACGGCGAAGACGACGGCGAAGACGACGGCGAAGGCGAAACCGAAGGGCAAGGGGAAGGGCAAGGCGGUCCCUGCGUCGGACACUGAAAUGAACGACCCGCAACCGCCAGAGGAGCCCCAGCCCCAGCCCCAGCCCCAGCCUGAGCCUGAGCCUGAGCCUGAGCAGCAGCCCGAGCAGCAGGACGAGCAGCAGGACGAGGUGCGGGAGCCUCAAUCGACGAAGAGGCGGAAGCGGGACAGCAAAAAGUCACAUACCGUCAUCGACGACUCAGAGGAUCCCGACGUCCCUGGUCCCUCCACUGGGCGACGUCGACCCCAGCCUACCGCUUCCGCCGUCCCGGGCCCCUCAAAGCCCCAGUCCCGUCCCCGUCCUCGCCCUGCGCCAUCCUCGAAGCUCGCCACUCGCUCCAUGACCAGGGCCGCGCUGCAUACGGGCCGUGAGGAGCAGGAUGUCGAGAGUGAGGAUGAGGAGGACGAGGACGAGGUUGAGAGCGAGCGCGAGGUUCUCGAGGAGCCCUCUCCGAGGGCUGUAGGCCAUGGCAAGAGCGCCAUGUCCCCGAAGAAGGCACGCGACCGCGCGGUGAAGCCCAAGUCCAAGGCCUCGAAGAAGAGGUCCCCACCCACCUCUCCCAUCGGAUCGCCGUCGUCCCGUCCGAAGGCAAAGAAGACACGCGUUCCGCCCCAAGUGCACUUAUUCGACGGCGGCGUAGGUCAUGAUGACCUGAGCCAUGUGAUAUUCGGAGGCGAUGACAUGAGCGACCUCACGAGCUUUACACCCGAGGUGCAAAGCGAGAUAGAGGACCAGGACCCUGACGCAGGCCGAUUGCAAGAUGUCGGGAGGACGCUCGAGAACAUCAGCAUAGGCGAGGACGUCGAGAUGGGCAGCCACGACCAGGAUGGGCUGUCACAGAUCGUACCCUCCUCCCAGCCUGGUGAGUCUUCGCAGUCCCUCAACCCCUUCCGGCAAUCUUCGAAUCCGCGUGACUCCAUUCCCGCACACGGUAUACUCGGCGACCGACCCGCGCCAGCCUAUCAAGCACCUGAAGCGGACUCGAGAAGACGGGCUUUGCGGACGUACGUUUCGAGGCACGCAGCGAGCCGCUCUGAAGGUGCUGCUGUCUCACUGGGAGGCCUUCGGAUCCAGCCCGACCCUCGGCCCACUCGGGUGGAAGCAGCGUCGGCCAGAGCAGCUGGCGUCGCCACCGUACCUGUGGGAGAUGACUCCGACCUCGCGUCGCCCAACGUCCUUCAUGCCGCCAACUUCGCCAACCUUCGAGGGCGCCCGCCGAGUCAACCGCGACGAGGGAGAGGGAACUAA